CGCCGGACUUUCGAGGCUGCUUCGGCCAUGUGCUAUCCUACUUGAAUACUUCAAUGCGGACCUUAGAUGAAGAUGGCAAAGAGUCUAGUUUUAGCGCAGCAAGCCUGAUCCACGAGAGCCCUUACCUGGGCAGUAACCGUUACGAGUCCCGAAUUUCAUCGCGAGGUCGGCGCGUCAACAUCUUACCUCGCUGACCCAGCUGUAAAACCAGCUUUCGUCCUAGUGCACAGUCAUAACUAAAUUCAACGGCUCCAAGAGAAGAAAACGAAUAGAGUGCAUUACGAGCGAGCAGUGUGCUAUGGAGAAGCUUUUUACAAAAAUAGGAUCUCCAUCAUACCUACCAACACCGGCUGAGGUGCUGGAUGGCGUGCGUUGGCUCCGCGAGAACCCGGCGAUCGCUGCGGGCGUCGUGGUGGGGCUCACGAGCUACUCUGUAGCCAAAUACUAUCAAUACGACGAGGACAGUGACGAAGAAAAUGACGACAAUCCAGCCAAUGGCCGAGCAACACAAGACGAGAUUGCACGGUCUGUGACUGCACUGCACCUUGGACUGCUCAAGAUCGACACGAAGAAGGACCUACGACAUAGCGCCGCCGCCAGCUCCGCCAGCACGGAAUCGUCACUCGGUAGCUCCGGUGGACUCCGCUCGCGCGCCAGCUCCGUGUUCGACAAGACCCACCACGAGGAAUUGCAAUUCCAAGAACACGACGUCGAGCAGGUUUGGUCCUGUUUGCACGAAGGCAAAUGUCCACCCGGAGAACAAUGCAGCGAUCCCGCUUGGGGUUGGUUCGCACCUGCCAGUAAUGCAUCUCCAACUCACAAAACGUGAAGAAGUCCAACAUCGCAAUACCAAGAUCAAGCCAUAUUUAUACGUUCAACGGAGGCCUUGUCAAACUAUAAAGCCUAGGAGAAAUGCUCAUAGUUAUAAAUGCACACCACUUUAUCAUGCUACC